UACCGGUGCUGGGGAUAUAAAAUUUCAAUGCAAUUUGUUAUCCCUCGUGGAUUAUAUGCGCGAGUAACUGCGAAUCGAAUCGGAUCGGCUUGGGUAACAUUCCGUGUUGCAGACUCCUUUCGGCGAACGUUUGUAGAUUCGGAGUAUGUCUGCGGGGAAGACCGAAUCAAGGGGGGAUUCGGGAUCUUCGAGGUCGGCUCUGAGUCCUCAAGCGAAAAAGAAGGAGCGACCACCCUUCAAGUUGUGUUUCGUGAAGCAACAGGAGAGCGGUCGAUCAAAUGUCUCUAUUUGCAAGACAACCGGCAACGUAUUAACUCCGAAAUUUUACUCUCGCGAUGCGGAGCGAUGUGAUUCUCCCGAAAUCACUGAAACAGUGGCUAAAAUCACAGAGGAAGAGCAAAGAGUCCCGAAGACGGUCUAUCGUUGGCCCCUUCUUACCAGUCAUACGUAUGGUUGGUGGCACGAUAGGGGGAUUCAACCGACAGACCCACGCUUCAACUUUCAUAAGAAGACUUCAGAUAUGGUCAGCUACCAAAUGAGGAUCUACGCCGUAGACAGGAAGUUGAAGGGUCUCGGUUAUUAACCUUUCCGAAAGAGUUGGAGCCUCUAUUAUGGCAAAACCUAUAACACCGUAUAAUAUGACAGAGCAGCUAAACUUCGGAAAAAGUCUCCUACUGUAAAAUUU